AUGAAGGAGGAUCAGAUAGUGCAGGAAGAAUCAGGAUUCCAAGAUGAAGAGGAAUCUCUGUUUCAAGACAUUGACCUAUUACAGAAACACGGAAUUAACGUGGCUGACAUUAAGAAGCUGAAGUCAGUAGGAAUCUGUACCAUCAAAGGGAUACAAAUGACAACAAGAAGAGCCCUAUGCAAUGUCAAAGGGCUCUCAGAAGCCAAAGUGGACAAGAUUAAAGAGGCAGCCAACAAACUUAUUGAACCAGGCUUCUUGACUGCAUUUGAAUAUAGCGAAAAGAGGAAGAUGGUUUUUCAUAUCACCACUGGGAGCCAAGAAUUUGAAAUUUUGGUGGGGGGUGGAGCAUUAACAGCUCAACUUCCAGGAGCAGGUGGCUACUCAGGAGGAAAGAUUAUCUUCAUUGACACAGAAAACACUUUUCGUCCAGAUCGCCUUCGGGACAUUGCUGAUCGCUUCAACGUGGACCAUGAUGCAGUACUGGACAACGUACUGUAUGCGCGAGCAUAUACUAGUGAACAUCAGAUGGAACUACUUGAUUAUGUAGCAGCGAAGUUCCAUGAAGAAGCUGGCAUCUUCAAGCUGCUGAUCAUUGAUUCAAUAAUGGCACUUUUCCGCGUGGAUUUCAGCGGUCGUGGAGAGCUGGCUGAACGGCAACAAAAACUGGCCCAAAUGCUGUCCAGACUCCAAAAGAUCUCAGAAGAAUAUAAUGUGGCUGUUUUUGUGACCAAUCAAAUGACUGCUGAUCCUGGAGCAACUAUGACCUUUCAGGCAGACCCCAAAAAACCCAUUGGAGGACACAUUCUGGCUCAUGCUUCAACAACAAGAAUAAGCUUGCGAAAGGGAAGAGGAGAACUGCGAAUUGCCAAGAUUUAUGACAGCCCUGAGAUGCCUGAAAAUGAAGCCACCUUCGCAAUAACUGCUGGAGGAAUCGGGGAUGCCAAGGAGUAGGUGGCGAAUUGAUGCAAAUUGCUUCUCAGUGCUUAUUAGGAGCUGAAGAAAU